AUGUAUGGCAGCAAAACCCGGCCGGCUAGAGUGAACUCAGCUCAUGCAGAACAGCUCGUGGGCUUCAUCGCUCAUCAAAACCCGCAAAUCAGGAAGCUGGCCGUUGAGAACCUUGUUGGGUACUCGCAAGCGCAGCCGGCAAUCUUCAAGACCGAGAGCUUGACACCUGUAAAGCAUCUCAAGUUCUUGGUCAAAGACCAUCCUAAAAUCGCAGAGCAUGUCCUUACAAUUCUGAUCAACCUUACUGCGGAGAAGGAUGUUCUGGAAAAUGUUGCCACAGAUGACAAGUUCAUCGGAGAACUUGCCGGAAUGAUAGUUAAACCCGAUGAGCCCAACGCCAACCUGAUGGCCAUGCUGCUGGCCAACAUGGCAAAAUUCGACGGUCUCAAGACCAUCGUCACCCGCAAGCAGACUCCUCCCGAGGAACUCAAGUCGAACGAUCUCGUUCUCAACCAGCUCAUCGACCUCUUCGUCAAGGAGAAGGGCUACAACAAGGACGCGGACUACGACUACCUCGCCUACCUCUUCGCCGAUCUGACCAAGCACGCCGAGGUGCGCCAGCACUUUGUCACCCGCCAAGAUUACGACCAGGUCGUGCCCAUCACCAAGCUCAAGGUCUUCACCGAGCACGCCUCCGACAUCCGCCGCAAGGGCGUCGCAAGCACCAUCAAGAACGUCGCGUUCGAGAUCCAGUUCCACCCCCAAUUCCUCGACGAGGACGAGGUCGACAUCCUCCCGUACAUCCUGCUGCCCAUUAUCGGCAACGAAGAGUACGACGACGACGACAUGGAGGGCAUGCUGCCCGACCUCCAGCUCCUGUCCCCCGACAAGAAGCGCGAGUCGGACCCCACCAUCAUCCAGACGCACCUCGAGACCCUGCUGCUUCUGACCACCACCAGAGAAGCCCGCGACCUGAUGAGGAGGGUCAAGGUCUACCCCAUCGUCCGCGAAACGCACUCUCGCGUGGAGAACGAGGGCGUCAAGGAAGCCUGCGAUCGUCUGGUGCAGGUCCUCAUGAGAGACGAGGCGCCGGCCGACGGCGAGGGCGAGGCAGAGACCGAGACCGGGCAGAAGCAGCUGACCAACGGUUCCAGAGUGGAGGAGAUCGAGGACGACGACAACGAGAUCGUCGAAGUCUAA